AUGUGGAGGAGACUGGCUCAGAUCCUGGCCCUGCUGCUCUGCAUUCUGGGAUGGGGCUUUGUAGGCUUCACUCUGGCUAUGGACCGCUGGAGGGUGGCCCAGCUGGGGGGUCGGGGGGGCUCCUCUGUGGUGGGGGCAGCCUGGUUCUGGUCUGACCUGUGGAAGGACUGCUAUGAAGACUCCACCGCUCGGAUCAACUGUGUGGACUUCCGGGUUCUGUGGACAGUCAAAACACACAUCCAGGCAGUGAGGGGCCUCCUGAUGGUCGGCCUGUUCCUCGGUUGCAUUGGCACAGUGCUCACCUUUUUUGGAUUGGAGUGCACACUCAUUGGUGGAGACGAGAGAAGUAAAGAUAAGAUGUUGAUAACAGCGUCUGCCUUCCAUCUGCUCGGCUGCGCAUCAGACGUGGCUGCUUAUUGUUUAUACAUCCACAGAGUGCUGGCAGCUUUCUUGCGCAGUGAAGCAGAUCCGUCAGAAGUGAGCUAUGAGAUUGGAGCCCCCCUCUACCUUGGCCUGGUGGGAUGUUUCCUUAUUCUUAGUGGCUCUACAGUUCACUGCUUAACUGCACGCAGAGCUAACCACUGGAAAACAAAUCAUCCUGUGGUUCCCCCUAUCAGUGUGAAAGGAGAACACACGUGUGGAAGGUCAAUAAUCCUCAGAAACGCCUCCACCUACAAGAUGGUGUCGGUUGUGGUUGUGUAACACUUCAGAUAAUUUUUUUAAUAAAUAAUAACACUUGUUUUGUAUAGAUUUCUAAAUAAUUUAUUUUGUGAAUAACACUUGAAGCCGCCCCCUUCAUUUCAGAAACGGUCCUGAG